AUGGACGUGCAACUCGAGCAGGUCCAGCGCGUGGCGGCGCUCCAGGCCCGCCGCCGCGAGGAACUGGACGCGCUCAAGCACGAGCGUAAAGAGCGCGACAAGACGUCUGUGACGGCCAACUUUAGCGGGAAGCAGAAGAAGCAGCAGCUCCGUGCGCGCAAAGAGCGACUGGCCGCUCGGCGAGACCACGAGGCGGCGCUGGACCUGCAGAGCGCGCAAUACGAAGCGUUUUACGCCGACACAGUGCCGUUCAAUGAGGUUCGAGAAGAGCGAGUCGAUGACGCAAAGGACGUUCGCGCCUCAAUGGACUUUUUCGCGCGCGAGAACGAUCUGGACAACGACCUCAGUGCCCGUUUGAAGCUCACGGUGGCGCUGGGCAAGAACAAUAAGGACGCAGUGGGCAAAGAGCUCUCGAGCUUCUUUGUGAAGGAAACCAAGGAGCAGAUUCAGCUGAGGCUGAUGGAGGGACAAGGACCGCUGGAUGUGAUGAAGCGAGAGACGCCGCUGCUGGCGGUCGAAAGUGCACGCGACCCGAUUCUGGACCACCCCAAGCGACCACAGUGGACGUACACAAUGUCCAAGGAAAAAGUGGACAACAACGAAAGCAUCAUGUUCGAUCAGUGGCUGACUAAGAUACAUGACAAGUACGACAAUGAGCACCUGAACCACUUUGAACACAAUUUGGAGGUCUGGCGUGAGCUGUGGCGCGUCAUUGAGCGAGCGACGCACGUCGUAAUCGUGGCUGAUGUGCGCAACCCACUGCUGCAUAUCCCAGCUUCCGUUUACGACCUCGUGACGAAAGAGCUGAAGAAGCCGAUGGUUGUCGUGCUGAACAAGAUCGAUUUGAUUCCAGCUGCUGCGGUCCAGCUCUGGAAGCGCUACUUGUCUGGACGGUUUCCUCUUGCCCAACUUGUCUGCUUCUCAUCGCGCUUACAAGCUGUGUAUGGCGAUACUAGUGUGAGCACCCGACGCCGUGUCCUCAGCAAGAAGCUGGAUGUAGGAGACGCGUCGGCGAUCAAGGGUGCAGUAGAUAUCCUGGUGGCUUGCGGUAUCGAGACCGCAGAGGCACAACAGCUUGUCGAAGAACUGAAUGCAUGCGCGUUGACACGAGAGGGUUUGCCGCUGCAAUCUGAUGCAGCACAAGAGCAAAAGGCAGGUGGAAAACGUCGUAGUAGACGCAAACAGAAGAAUCGCGGUGGUACCCGACACGGCAAAGCGAGUAAUGAUGGCUCGACCACGCUUUACGAGUGUCAGCACUGCGGUAGCGACGGUGCUGUCGUCGCUUGUAUGUCGUGUGCAACUGGCGGGCGGCCAAGCAGUACCGAUGCCAAUGUCAAGGAUGAAGCGGACGCUAUUGCUCGAGGAUAUUUGCUAUGUACUCGUUGCGACCGUGAGGAGCAUGCUGAGCUCAAGGGCCAUUACCAGGUACAACUACAGUCUGCGUUGGCUGCGAUGUCGACGAACCUUCCAGUGCCUGGUAGCGCCGGAACGACGGGCCACGGCCACACACCUAAAGUGACCAUCGGCCUUAUCGGCCAUCCAAACGUGGGUAAGUCCAGUGUGUUGAACGCACUCGCGGGCAAGAAGAUUGUGAGUGUCUCGCACACGCCGGGACACACGAAACGACUCCAAUCCAUCAUGAUUGCACCUGAGGUCUGCAUUUGCGACUGCCCUGGCCUCGUAUUUCCAUUUGCUGGCGUGCCAAAGUAUCUCCAAGAGCUAAGUGGGUUGUACCCGUAUUCACAGAUACGAGAGCCAUACUCAGCGGUGCGAUUCCUGGCAGAACAUGUCGUGCUGGAACAAAUUCUGGACUUGAAGCCUCGCACGCAGCUCUUCGAUGGGCAGAUGGAGGAACUGGAAUGGACGCCGUGGAAUAUAUGUGAAGCCUAUGCAGAGAAGCGUGGGUAUCGCACAGACCGUCGUGGUCGGCCCGAUCACCAACGAGCAGGAUCGGAGCUCGUGCGCGACGCAGUGGACGGUAUUUUGCCUCUGUUCUUUCUUCCUCCCAAUUACACUGGGAAAGACAUGACGCCACCCAGUGUCGCAACAUACUGCAAGUUGGAAGAAGUCUCACUCGAGGAGGACGACAGAAGCGCAAUUGCUGACGGUGCUAGGUUAGUGGAAGCGGAACACGAGGAGGAGCAGUCAAGGGCACAGCCUGCGAGUGGAAGAAAGCAGCACGCGGCUCCAGUGAACGCGUUCAGCUUAUUGGGUUCCGACUCAAGUGACGACGAAGACGACGGUAACGAAAGCUGA